AUUAUGUUGUUAUGUAUAUUUUCUAAUUUUUCUGAUUAUCUUAAUAUAAUAUUAUAUACCAUAGACUUAAGAUUUUUAUUAUUCUGUUAUAUAUAAGUUAUUUCAAGUAUGUUAUAUGGAAUUUGUAUCUAACGAUAUAUUUAUAUUCUACACUAAUUGAGAAAUGAAAAUUGAAUUUAUAAACUUAUCUACAAGUUUUAGUGGCACUGUUAUUAUUAUACUUUUCUUAUUUAAUAUUUACUCUACCACACUAUGAAUGUUGAUAAGUGUAAAAACAAUUUUUUAACUUCUCACAAGUCCAGAUCUGAAAAUGCAGACAUUCAAAGUAAACUUAACUCAUGGUUUGAAGAAAAAGGGAUCAUUAACAAGCUACGAGCGCAAAUAAGAGAACAAAUGAUCUCUGCACUAGAAGAUAGUACAAUUUUGAACACUAACAAAAGAAAUGUUAACUCCCCAAAGAUUCAAGCAAUCAACCUCUUAGUUGCCGAUUUUCUGAUUAACCAAGAAAAUUUAUUCACAUUAUCAGUAUUCACUACAGAAGUACCGUUAUUGGCCAAUUUACAUGAAUUCUCUUCUUAUAUAAAUCGUUUAGGCGAUAGCACUCAAAAAAUUCCAGUCACCAAGCCUACUUUUCAAUUAAAUGAUGUUCAGGAUAUUCUAGAAGCAUUAGGCAUACAACCGAAUACAGAUAUCACCGAAUUAACAUGCCAAUACUAUUUUAAUGAAAAACAAGUUCAUUCAUUAUUGGCUUGUUUAUUCAAAUCUAUAACUACCAUUAGAAAUAAUCUUAGUAAAUAUAACACAGUUCAAAUCAAUCAAAAUUGUAAUGAAAUAAACAAAUCUAAAAACAUAGAGAAUAAUACUUAUGAACAUAGAUUAAAUAAUUGGCUUGUAAGUAUUGAGGACAUUCUAUGCUCAUUCAAUUUAAAUGAAGAACAGAAAAACACUUUGAAAAUGUUAUUAAAAAAGUACCAUCAAAAUAAUAAUGUUCAAGAAACUGCUGUGUACAAAGAACACUUAAAAAAACUAGAAAGACAAAACAAGGAAAUGGUCGAGAAAGUUGCUGAUGUAGAAAAAAUACUUGCUGCACAUUUUCAUUUUCACGAUAGUAAACUUAUGUUUCAAAAAGAAGGAAUAGAACAUGCCACACAACAACUCCGUUUAGAACAACAGCAGCUUUAUCAAUUAAUUAAUGUAUUUGAAGAGAAAGAAAAGUCUAUUCAAGAAAAAUUAAAUAAGUCAGAAGAAGAAUAUAAUAAAAAUCUACAAUAUAUUGAAAAUCAAAAAUAUGAAUUAAGAUUAAAAGAAAUGGACAUCUUGAGGCAUGAAAAAAUGUUAAAAAGAGAAUCACUGAAUUAUAUAAAUGAAACCAAAAUUAGUGAAAGUAAUCAAGUUAAACAGCUGCAUGAACAAAACAUUGAUUUGGGAAAACAAUUAGUGGAAAUAAAAUCUAAACUAAACAAGCUUGAAGGAUAUAAAAAAGAUGAGCAGUCAUGUUCAAAAAAAAUUGAUUUUUUGUCGUUACAGGAUCAAGAAAUGAUGAAAAAAUUAAAAAAAGACAAUGAUGAGUUACGUGACUUUAUAAAAGUUCAGCAACAAAGGAUUGAAGAAUUAUCUUACAAAGCAUCAAAUUUAGCAAAACAAAUUGAAAAAACCCAUCAAGUACCAUUAACAGAUUAUGAAAAUAGAAAUGUAAGAAAAAAACUAUGUUUUGUUGACAAUUCUAACAAAAAAAAUCAUUAUAUUGCCCAAAACAUCUCUUCUACAACUACAGAUUAUUCAACAACUAUGUUAGAGUCAGAUAAUCUAACAGAAGAUGAUAUAAUACAAGAAGCCGAAUCCAGACUGAAGACUUUAGAAAUUAAUACUGCAAAAGUAGAACAGAACUUAAAAAAUUUCCAAAUAAAUCAUUCACGUCACAACUUACAAUUUAAUGUAAUUAGAGACACUAAAAAAUCAUAUAAUGAAAUUCGUUCAAACUUAUCAGAUGAUUCAGAUUUAGACGUAUUGAAACGUUGCAGUAAUAAAAUUAAUUUAAAAGAGCUUGCCAACAAGAUUGGGUAUCAUCGAUCAGUCAGGCGAUCCUUGAACCAUUCACAAUCUGAUAACGAUACAAGCUCUGAAACCUUACGAAAUGCUAAAUAUCAGAAUUAUAAGAAUUCUACAAAUAUUUCGCCAAUUAAAAUAUUGUCAUCUAGUAUUAAAAAAAAUGUAUGCAAAGAAUCAUUUGUAAAUAAACAAAGUUCAAGCAUUGAGUCUCCAAUCAACAAAUCUAAUUACAAUACUCAAGAUUCUAUAAAUAUAUCUAAUAUAUCUACUCAAUCACCAAAAGAAAAUAAAUUACAAAUUGAAUCAGAUGUAAAAAACACGCUUCUUCCUGACACUAAUAGCGAUGUUCAGAAUAAUGACAAUUUUGAUUUACAAUUGUUUAAACAUACUGAAAUAAUUAAUUCACCGCAUAAACAAAUAUCUAUUCAGCAAGAUAGUUCAAAUGGAGUGGAUAAUUUAUCAAACAGUAAAAAAUUACAAGAAAGUGAUCACACAAUUUCAUUUGGUAGUAGUAAUAAAACUGAUAAGUCUUCAGAUUUUUGGGCAUUGUAGAAUUAUUUUCUAUUUAUUAUUUAUU